GCGGCGUGGAGCGCGCUGUGCGCCAGGCGGAUGUCCGGGCCGGCUGGGCCGGAGCUGGGGAAGGAGAUGGCGGAAGGCGGAGGCUGCGGGCAGCGGCCGGACGCAGAAACCCAGAAAUCCGAGCUCGGGGCCUUGAUGAGGACGGCGCUUCAACGAGGGGCACAGUGGUAUCUGAUUGACAGCCGGUGGUUCAAGCAGUGGAAGAAAUAUGUGGGCUUUGAUAGCUGGGAUAUGUACAAUGUGGGUGAAAACAACCUGUUUCCUGGCCCAAUAGAUAACUCCGGACUUUUUUCAGAUCCUGAAAGUCAAACCUUAAAAGAACAUUUAAUUGAUGAACUAGACUAUGUAUUGGUUCCUACUGAAGCCUGGAAUAAAUUAGUGAAUUGGUAUGGCUGUGUGGAAGGGCAGCAACCUAUAGUCAGAAAAGUUGUGGAACAUGGCCUAUUUGUCAAACACUGCAAAGUAGAGGUUUAUUUGUUGGAACUGAAGCUCUGUGAAAACAGCGACCCCAACAAUAUGCUGAGUUGCCAUUUCAGCAAAGCAGAUACCAUAGCAACCAUUGAGAAGGAAAUGCGGAAACUAUUUAACAUUCCUGAUGAGAGGGAAACAAGGUUAUGGAACAAGUAUAUGAGUAAUACAUAUGAGCAGCUCAGCAAGCCAGACAACACUGUGCAAGAUGCUGGUUUAUACCAGGGGCAGGUACUAGUCAUUGAGCCCCAAAAUGAAGAUGGCACAUGGCCUAGACAAACGCUUCAGUCCAAAUCAAGCACUAGCAGAGCUUUUACUACCUCUCCAAAAUCAUCAGCAAGCUCCUAUUCCUCCAUGUCUGCUUCUCCCAUUACAAAUGGUGAUAGUGCUAACUCUUCUGGCGUGCACAGCUCCGGUCUCAGCAGGGGAGGUUCUGGCUUCUCCAAUUCUUAUAGUUGCCGAGAGUCUCAAUCUCACACUCAGCCUGGGCUUUGUGGACUUGGAAACCUGGGGAACACCUGCUUCAUGAAUUCUGCUUUGCAGUGCUUGAGUAACACUGCACCAUUGACCGAAUACUUUCUAAAAAAUGAAUACGAAGCUGAAAUCAACCGAGACAAUCCUCUGGGAAUGAAAGGGGAAAUUGCUGAGGCCUAUGCUGAACUCAUCAAACAGAUGUGGUCUGGGAGGAACACCCAAGUGGCCCCACGGAUGUUCAAAACCCAGGUUGGUCGUUUUGCUCCUCAGUUUUCGGGUUACCAGCAACAGGAUUCUCAAGAGUUGUUGGCUUUUCUUCUGGAUGGAUUACAUGAGGAUCUGAAUCGUGUAAAGAAGAAACCAUACUUGGAGUUAAAGGAUGCUAAUGGCCGACCUGACUUGGUGGUGGCAAAGGAAGCAUGGGAGAAUCACAGGUUAAGGAAUGAUUCUGUGAUAGUGGAUACUUUCCAUGGCCUUUUCAAAUCUACAUUGGUCUGCCCAGAAUGUUCUAAAAUUUCUGUGACUUUUGACCCAUUCUGUUAUUUAACUCUCCCCUUGCCCCUGAAGAAAGAUCGCACUAUGGAGGUAUUCUUGGUUUCUGCAGAUCCGCAGUGUAGGCCUACCCAGUAUCGUGUGACUGUACCGAUGAUGGGGGCUGUGUCUGACUUGUGUGAGGCUCUCUCAAAGCUCUCUGGUAUCGCUGCUGAAAAUAUGGUGGUCACAGAUGUGUAUAAUCACCGGUUCCACAAAAUUUUUCAAAUGGAUGAAGGUUUAAAUCAUAUUAUGACCCGGGAUGACAUCUUUGUAUAUGAAGUCUGCAAUGUAACAGAAGAUGGAUCUGAAUGUGUCACUUUCCCAGUUUACUUCAGAGAGAGGAAAAUCAGGCAGACAAGCACAUCAUCUGGGACUGUUCUAUACGGGCAACCAUUGUUAAUCUCUGUCCCAAAGCACAAAUUAACCAUUGACUACUUGUACCAAGUUAUCUGUGAACGUAUCAGCCGCUACAUAAAGCAUCCUUUACCAGAUGACUCUCCUAAACCACAUCUGGACAGUGCUACCUGCAAUGGUUCCAAUGGCAUUUGUGAAGGAGAAGAAGAAAUGGAACACCAAGAUGAAAGCAAAGGACAACCUGCAGAAACAGAGACCUGUUCAUCAGAGGACUCUGUGGAACAUGAAUUGGGAAAUGAGUCCCAUCAAAAUGUCCCAAAGAGAGUCAGAGGCCAGCACUGCAAGAAAAGGCUUUUUACCUUCAGCCUGGUAAAUUCCUAUGGCACCACUGACAUCAAUUCUCUUGCAGCAGAUGGGAAACUCCUUAAACUGAACUCUCGUUCCACAGUUGCUGUUGAUUGGGACACCGAAACCCGGUGUCUUCACUACGAUGAACAAGAAUCAGAGGCUUAUGAUAAACACAGCAGUAUGCUACAGCCCCAGAAGAAGAAGAAAACGACAGUGGCUCUCCGAGAUUGCAUAGAGCUCUUCACUACCAUGGAAACCCUUGGGGAGCAUGACCCCUGGUAUUGUCCUAACUGUAAGAAACAUCAACAGGCUACAAAGAAAUUCGACUUGUGGUCCUUGCCAAAAAUAUUGGUGGUUCAUCUCAAGCGAUUUUCAUAUAACAGAUACUGGAGAGAUAAGCUUGACACAGUAGUUGAAUUUCCAAUAAGGGACCUGCACAUGUCUGAGUUUGUCUGUGACCCAGCAGCUGGCCCUUAUGUCUAUGAUCUCAUUGCAGUAUCAAAUCAUUAUGGAGCCAUGGGUGUGGGCCACUAUACUGCAUAUGCAAAAAACAAACUGAAUGGCAAAUGGUAUUACUUUGAUGAUAGUAAUGUAUCUCUGGCCUCUGAGGAUCAAAUAGUGACAAAAGCAGCAUAUGUGUUGUUUUACCAGCGUCGGGAUGAUGAAUUUUAUAAGGCACCCUCACUCCCGGGUUUCCCUGGCCCCUCAGAUGCAGGGAAGAAAGGAAAGCGCUCCCAGGAGGGGCUGGAAGAGGAUGACAUGUAUAGCAUGGAUACCAACUGAAACUGCCUGAAGUCAGCCACUUAGAAUACCAUUUGACACAUCUGGAACAUCUCUUGCACUCUAAAAGCUGCCAGAUGUACAGACUGCCAUCCAUAAGGAAAAUUCCUUUUUUAUGGAACAGAAGAGAAAAAAAAGACCCUGUUUGCUCAUGAAGGGUUAUGUUGAGAGGCUGAAUUAUUAUUUUUAAAUACAAGUUGUGGGAAAGUUCUGUAAACACCUGUGAUGCUACAGAGCUGGGGUCAGCAGGGUAAGGGCUGUAAGGCUGGAGGAGCCACACAUUAUGAUUGGGGAGUGGAAUGGGUGGGAGGGUGGGAGGGGGUAUGAAAAGAUGAUAAAGCAUACCAUUGUGGGGAGAGAAUAUUUCUCCAGGAAAAUCUCCAAAGUAGCUCUUCUUGGUGCAACCAAAUGAUUUGUUGGCAAUAGUGAACCCUCUGUAUUGAUUAUAUUCCAGAAUUCUCAGAUAUUCACUUUCCCAUUUCUCUUUGCCAGCUGCCGUUGUAGCCUCUCCUAUAGGAAACCCACUCAAAAAGUGAAAUUGGGCACUUUUUUGAUCUGCCAUUCUUGUACCUUGACACAGAUUUACUUGAAUUCCUCCCCUUUCCCUUGAAGACAACAUUCAUUUUGAUUUCUGAUUUUGGAUCCUUUGGGUGUUUUCAGAAUGAAAUGACUUGAAUGCAACUGCUUUCUCAAUAAGUGUAGAUGUUAAAUGUAUUUGAAUCUCCUGUCCUCUCCCCUAGUGUGGGAUAUCUUUAGAUGCUAAUGACUACUGUAUUCAGUAAUGAAUUGAAACAUUUUGAUUCUAUACUCAGCUGGAUUUUUUUUUUUAAGCUAUAGCUAAAAGCAAUCUCCCCUUAUUUAAGACUGCUGAGAACUUGUAUCUUUCCCUGGAGUCAGUAAUUUUGGUAAUGUCUUCCCCCUGCUUGUCUUUAGGAUCUACAACUUGGAAAUCCUUGCCAUUUGCAUUAGUGCUAAAAAGGAACCAUUUGGUAAAAGAAAAAUUAGUCCUUGCCAACCAACUUUCCAUUCUGGUUGCAUAGUUGGAGGGGAUAGGAAGCAUUUUAUUUCUCUCUUUUCCCCCUCAUUUCUUUCUUUUCAUGUCUUUCCCUGAUCUCUGAAUUUUAGGCCUGCUUUUGGCAUCAGUGUUCUGAUUUUCAUUUCAGUUGGUUUCCUCUACUUGCAGAGACUGCUAGUCAAGCACUAACUGUGGACACUUUUUAGUUCUGCCUCUUGGUGGCAAAGACACCUUUUAAUUUAUAGAACACAGAUCCCUGUUUCCAUGUUUUUACAUGCAUAUGCCAAAGGUGUUUUCUUUUACUAACAACAACCUGUCAGCAUUCCUGAAAUUAACCCAUAAUCAGUAUGCGUAUGCGUAUGCUAUCUUCUAGUUCGAAAACCCAGUUUCUCCAUCUCCAGUUUUUAAAAUGCCCCUGCCCCAAUGCCACUGCCUUUCUCUUGUGCCUAGGACUGCCUAUCUUGGCUUUUAUCUAUGGACAUCACUAGUUCUGUCCGGGGCCUUCUUUUCCUUAAACAUGCCAGAUCAGGAGCUGGACCCCUGGGUGCAAACUUAAAAAGAACCAAUGCCACGGGAAUGAAUUUGGUUUUCCACUGUUGUAGAGGAAGGGGAAUGUGGCCCAAGCCUAAUUGUUCCAGCUCCAGGACCUGUUCUCUAAUGGGAGUUUGGUAUUUUGCCGCUUCCUACUUUCUGAAUAGAAGGUGGUGUAAGAGGGCUAAGCAUUUCUGGCUGGCGCCGAUUGGCUCCCUGGGAGCGAGGCAGCCUCCCCGCCCGGAUGACCAGCAGCGCUUGGCCCAAGUUCUGGCUCCAGCCCUUCACUCUAAAGCACUGAAAUUGUCGUUUAUUUGCUCACGAUUGCUUUUGGUGUAUUGCUUCUUAGACCACUUCCCAUCUUUAGGGUUGGGCUGCCUGGACCUGAGCCCCCGCCCAGUUGACCCUGUCCUCUGCUGCCUGCUCCGCAGCCUCGGGCUCUGCCUACCCUAGACCACAUGGAUCUAAGGGAAAUGCCCCUUUGCCUGUUUAUUUCCUUUGAGACUGGCUGUGUGCCCGUGCCACGGUGGUCAAAACAACGGGUUUUCUCAGGGCCCUGAAUCCUAAUGGGACGCAUUGUAGCCAAGGGGAGCGGCGGGAGCCCGUCCUCUUCUGCCUCGGCUGGGCCGGGGUCUCUGGCAGCUCGAGACUCCUUCAGGACCAGGCUAACCGCCUGCAACACCGGGUUUUUAUGCUAGAAAGAAUAAAAGUGAAUGGUUUGCACUAA